CGCGCGCACACACGCGCGCACCGCUACAGGGAAGAUGGAGGACGGUGUGGCCGUAACGCAGAGGACCUGCAUCCUUUAGCAACAUCACUCCUGUGAGCAGUCAUUUCCAGUAGCCUUUGCUCUGUUGAUGAUGGAUUCCUAAGCCGUUCUCUGACACCACUUUACCAACCAGACAGCCAUGAACCCCCAAAAGACAGAGUUUGUUCAGGACGUUAUGGAGGCGAUGGAUGGUCCUUCUUGCUAUCAACACCACACCAGCCUGUCCCAUAACCACAGCAACCAGGACAAGCGCUAUAGAUGCUGUGAGACUUCAGCUGGUGUCACAACAGAAAUGGCCAAUGGUGCAAAUGCUGAAAGCAGAGUUGGGAUGCUACAGCAGUACAAGCCACAGGAGGAGCAAGACGUGGAGCUGCAACAUGGAGAUCAGUCUUCUAAGCCCCAAGAGAUCCAGCCCAUUCCCCGACCCGCUGUGACACGUUAUCGCAGACAGGGCGACAGUGAGGCCCGGCUCAGAACUCAGCAACAGAGGAACAGAAUGAAGCAGCAGAGGGAGGCAGAGAGAGCACAGCAGGAAAGGCAGCAGCAUGCUAAGAUGACCAAGGAAGCUGAACGUGAGAGGGAGGAUUCUAUGCUGGCCCGCUCAGCAAGUACUGAGAGCGGCUUCCACACCCAUACUGACCGUGCAGAGGGAGACGAUAUCCCAGUGAUGACGUCUCUGGAGCCUGAGGCCCAGCGAGAGUCCGAGGAUGAUGCAAACAGCUACAGCCUCCCACUACGGCCUGAGGCAGAAGAGUACACUGAAAGUGCAGAGGCUGAACAGCAUCAUCUUCAUUCACAUUCUAACUAUGCUCUUCAGUUCCUAAUGCUGCCGCGUGAAUCCUUACUUAAUAUCCCGAAUUCCCAAAGAGAAGAUAAAGCAGAGGAGACACUAAAUGGUGGCUACUCUAACUGUGUCUACACCCAAUCCUAUGGCCACUCGGGGGCAAGAACCUGUGUCUCAUCCAGUCAGGACUUGGAAAGUUUAGAUGCUGGACUUGAAGCUUACUCUGAACCAUAUGACACAUAUUCGCUGUCUGAGCAUGUGUAUGAGGAAAUAUGUGACGCUCCAACCUCAGUAUCAACUUCUGCAAAUGUAGCAAACGAUAGAGAGUCUCGACAGCAGACAGCGACCAGCUUGCAGCUGUUGCAGGGCGGGGCAGGAAAAGGCGAUUACCAUCAGCAGGAGGCCGUGGGCUCCCGUCUGCGGCACUACGACGAACGUUCAGAUGGUGAGUCAGACAGUCCAGAAAAGGAGGCAGAGUUUGCUCCAUAUCCUCGUGUUGACAGCUGCGACCAAGAAGACGAUAUUGAUAACAGUGUUAAUGGGGCUAAAAAAAGCUCACAAAGUUUUGAUCCUGCUGCAAAAGAUUCCACACACAAAGAAGAAAAACACCAACCAAACAAAUUCUCUCACAAAAGCAACAAGACUGCCAGUCGAGGGAAGUCGGCCAAGCAGCAGGCUGUGACUUCUGUAAAGGAGCCAGUAGCAGUGAGGAACAGUGUGGAGAAGAGGGAUGCUAUAUCUUUAGCCAUCAAAGACAUUAAAGAGGCCAUAGAGGAGGUGAAGAAUAGAACAGUCAGAUCUCCUUACACACCUGAUGAGCCAAAGGAACCCAUUUGGGUAAUGAGGCAGGACUUAAGCCCCACUGCCGAAUGUGACCUACCGACAUCACUUGGGGCCGAUGAAGAAAAGUUUGAGGAGGAACAAGCAAAGCAGAAACAUCCGACUAUCCGACAUGAUCAGGAUGAGUCUCCUGGUUCAGCGUCACCUUCUCCACCAGGAGCAGAGUCCUCCAGUCAGCACCUGUUACAGCACGACGGCUUUGAAACCUCUCCCACCAGUAAAGACUCCAGGAGAAGCCUUGCAUCCUUUCCCACAUAUGUAGAAGUUCCAGGUCCCUGUGACCCAGAUGACCUAAUUGAUGGAAUCAUCUUUGCAGCCAACUACCUUGGCUCCACUCAGCUGCUGUCAGAUAAGACACCAUCGAAGAACAUCCGAAUGAUGCAGGCACAGGAAGCUGUCAGUCGGAUUAAGAUGGCUCAGAAAUUGGCCCAGAACAAGAAGAAGGAACCUGAGGGUGAUCCUCAGCCUAUGACAGAGGUGGAUCUUUUCAUCUCUACCCAGAGAAUAAAAGUGCUCAAUGCUGACUCUCAGGAAACUAUGAUGGACCACCCUUUGCGGACUAUCUCCUACAUUGCUGACAUUGGCAACAUAGUGGUUCUGAUGGCCCGGCGCAGGAUGCCUCGCACUGAUUCUGAGGAGAACGUGGAAACCUCAGAGCCAAGUCAAGACAGCAAGCGCCAGUAUAAGAUGAUCUGCCAUGUGUUUGAGUCUGAGGAUGCCCAGUUAAUUGCCCAGUCUAUUGGACAGGCCUUUAGUGUGGCCUAUCAAGAAUUCCUGCGGGCCAAUGGCAUUAACCCUGAGGACCUUAGCCAAAAGGAAUACAGUGACCUGCUGAACACUCAGGACAUGUACAAUGAUGACCUCAUACACUUCUCCAAAUCUGAGAACUGCAAAAACGUGUUUAUAGAGAAAGCUAAGGGGGAGAUUCUGGGCGUGGUCAUUGUGGAGAGUGGAUGGGGCUCCAUCCUACCUACAGUCAUUAUUGCCAACAUGAUGCAUGCUGGGCCAGCUGAGAGGUCUGGUAGACUGAACAUAGGAGACCAGAUCAUGUCAAUCAAUGGAACCAGUUUGGUGGGACUGCCACUGUCCACCUGCCAAAGCAUUAUAAAGGGUCUGAAGAACCAGUCUCAUGUCAAGCUGAAUAUUGUGAGAUGUCCCCCAGUGACAACUGUACUCAUCAGACGGCCAGACCUGCGCUACCAGCUGGGUUUCAGUGUCCAGAAUGGCAUUAUUUGCAGCCUAAUGCGUGGGGGCAUUGCCGAACGGGGCGGGGUCAGAGUCGGUCACCGCAUCAUCGAGAUCAACAGCCAGAGUGUGGUGGCCACACCACAUGAAAAAAUUGUCCACAUCCUGUCCAGUGCUGUGGGAGAGAUUCAUAUGAAGACCAUGCCUGCUGCUAUGUAUCGCCUGCUGACCGCCCAGGAGCAGCCUGUUUACAUUUAACCCACAAACUGACCUCACAAAUCAACUCCCUCAACCCAGCCCAGACCUCAUCCUGUAUAGCUGAUGAAUUGUAGUGAGUUGUUAAGAUUGUUCUGUUGCUCAAACUCAUCUAGCUGCAACACAAAAACCCAUAUUAUCCAUGUGUAUGUAGGCUUUUAUUAUUACAAUAAAAAGAUGUUCACACCUGAUGCAUUUUCAGUACCUAGUAGUGCCCCAGAGUCUGCAGAGUAUCUUUAUGGUUUACUGUUGAUAUUUUGAAACACAAUAUAUAAUAACGUGUAUUGCCGUUUAGUUCAUGAAACUAAAACAGUUUCCUCAUUGUUAAAUAAGAUGAAUGAUGUUUGCUUUACACAGUAAAAAUCUUAUUUCCAAUCUUACACAUAAAGCACAUCCAGCCACAGUUGUGGGCAAAAGUUUAAAUACUUUCAUGACAUCGUGGGUCACUAGAUGCUUUUGGUAGCCAUCAACAAACUUCUGGUGUAAUUCUAGCUGAAUAUUUGAUCACUCUUCUUGCCACAAUUAAUCGAGUUCAUUUAAAUUGGUUGAUUUCCUGGCAUGGACCCAUACUAGGCCCAAACAUGCUGGGGAAAGCUAUUCCAGAAGUAGAUGAAACAUUACUUGAUGUUGUCUGUCUUGAUGCAUGCUCAAUCAUCCAGGUAAGGAAAUCC